AUGGAGACCGUCUGCUGUGCAGUAGAGCCGACGGGCUCCGCGUCUCUAGGGGCCGCGUCCAGAGCGCUGUUCGUGGAGAAAGUGAGGGCGUCAAACGCCGCGUGUCAAGCCGGCGACUUCUCCACGGCCGUGGCUCUGUACACGGACGCCUUGACCUUAGACCCUGCUAACCAUAUAUUGUAUAGCAACAGAUCAGCAGCGAGACUGAAACAGGGUCAAUUUGCAGCGGCUCUACAAGAUGCGACGCGCGCAAGAGAGCUCUGUCCUAAUUGGCCGAAAGCCUAUUACAGGCAGGGCGUCGCACUCCAAUGCCUCGGCCGUCACGGCGAGGCCCUCGCGGCCUUCAGCUCAGGGCUGGGAGUGGAGCCGUCAUCGAGGCAACUCCUCGCCGCCCUUGUGGAAGCCUCUCUCAAAUCUCCACUACGGACCACCCUGGAGCCGACUUUCAGACAGCUUGAAGCUAUGAAACUUGAUCAAUCGCCGUUUGUACUAAUAUCGGUCGUCGGUCAAGAGCUUCUAGCUGCAGGCCAGUACCAAGCUGCGGUCACCGUACUUGAAGCUGCGCUAAGGAUUGGAUCCUGUUCCUUAAAACUAAGAGGUUCGGUGUUCAGCGCCCUAUCGUCAGCACAUUGGGCGCUCAGUCAGUUAGACGCUGCCAUCAACUACAUGCAACAGGACUUAGCGGUCGCGAAGUCUUUAGGAGAUACGGCGGGGGAGUGCAGGGCUCACGGUAACCUGGGAGCUGCGUACUUCAGCCAAGGAAGCUAUAAGGACGCCCUGACCGCGCAUAGAUACCAACUGGUUCUGGCUAUGAAAUGCAAGGACACACAAGCGGCAGCCGCCGCGCUUACGUCGCUAGGGCACGUUUACACGGCUAUCGGGGACUACCCGAAUGCGCUCGCGAGCCACAAGCAAUGCGUGCAACUUGUGAAACAGAUGGGCGACAGGUUGCAAGAAGCGAGAGAGAUAGGCAAUGUCGGCGCCGUAUACCUAGCGAUGGGCGAAUUCGACUCCGCCGUUGAUUGUCACACUCAGCACCUGAGAUUAGCGAGGAGACUCGGAGAUCAGGUUGAAGAAGCAAGGGCAUAUUCAAAUUUAGGUUCAUCUUAUCACUAUAGGAGGAAUUUUUCACAAGCUAUUGCUUACCAUGAAAAUGUUUUGAGACUAGCUCAGAACUUGGGCGACAGAGCUAUCGAAGCCAGAGCGUACGCGGGUCUGGGACAUGCAGCAAGGUGUGCGGGAGAUUACGCUCAAGCAAAGAAAUGGCACGAAAGACAGCUAGAUGUGGCUCUGGCAGCCAGAGAUAAGGUCGGCGAAGGCAGAGCUUGCUCUAAUUUAGGCAUCGUGUACCAAUUACUUGGAGAACAUGACGCCGCUCUGAAGUUGCAUCAGGCUCAUCUGUCUAUUGCUAGACAACUUCAAGAUAAAGCUGGAAUGGGUCGAGCGUACGGUAACAUCGGUAACGCCUACUCUGCAGCGGGUUUUUACGAGCAGGCCAUAAAAUAUCAUAAACAGGAACUGACUAUAUCCAAAGAAGUCCACGACAGAAGCUCCGAAGCUUCUACUCAUGGCAACUUGGCGGUGGCAUAUCAGGCCUUAGGCGCUCAUGAUAUGGCGCUGUUUCAUUAUAGAGCACAUCUUGGAAUAGCACGUGAACUUAAAGACGCAGCAGGAGAAGCUUGCGCACUUCUUAACCUUGGAAACUGUUUGUCAUCAAGAGGAGAAUUCUCUCAAGCGGUUCCAUACUACGAGCAGCAUUUGAUGCUCUCGCAAGAGUUAGGAGACGUCAUAGCUGAAGCUAAAGCAUGUCAUUUUCUAGGAUACGCCCAUUAUUGUUUGGGAAACUACAAGGAAGCUGUCAGAUAUUACGACCAAGACUUGUCUCUGGCUAAAGACCUCCAAGACAAAAUGAACAUGGGCAGGGCGUACUGUAACCUUGGUUUAGCUCAUCUCGCGUUAGGGAAUCUAGAAACGGCCCUGGAAUGCCAGAAGUACUUCUUGGCAAUAGCUCACAUGACUCAGCACUUGCAAGGAAAGUUCAGAGCGCUCGGAAAUAUUGGUGACGUUUUGAUCAAAAUGGGUGAUGUGGAAGAAGCAGUGAAAAUGUACCAGAGACAACUUGGGUUUGCUAGACAAGCUCGUGAUCGGUCCUUGGAAGCCGCGGCGUGCGGAGCCCUCGGACUCGCGAGGAGAUUGCAGAGGAGAUUGGACGCCGCUUUAGGACAUCACACACAGGAACUAACACUUCGCCAAGAGGCUGGAGAUGCAGCGGGAGAGGCGAGAGCUCACUCUCACUUGGGCGCGGUGCACAUGGCCCUAGGACACUACUCGCACGCUGCCAGGUGCUAUCGAGAGCAACUAGAAAGAGCUCAGGAACUACAAGACUGUGCGCUCGAAGCUCAAGCAUAUGGAAACCUCGGAAUCGCUAAACUAAAUAUGGGACAUUACGAAGACGCUAUUGGAUAUUUAGAACAACAACUGGCAAUCCUAGAAAGAGUGAACACGCCAACUUGCCAGUUGGAUAAAGCAAGAGCACUUGGCUCACUUGGCGACUGCUACGAUGCGCUUGGUGAUCCAGAUGAGGCGGCCAAGUAUCACGAGCAGCACCUGGCCGCUGCGUUAAAGUUGGACAAUGCGAGGGAACAGGAAAGAGCUUACCGAGGUCUUGGAUUGAGUCACAAAUCAGUUGGGAACCUCCAACAAGCUCUGGUUUGUCUGGAGAAGCGUUUGGUGGUAUCGCAUGAGCUUGGAGUGCCGGAAGCAAAGGCUCAGGCGUACGGAGAACUGGGCGCGCUACACAUCGCACUCAACAACCUCGAACAAGCCGUGUCUUGUCUGGAACACCAGAAGAGCAUUGCCAAGGAGCUCAAUAACCAGAUAAUGGAGGCCGAGGCCUGCCACGCGCUGGGCGCCGCGCACCACGCGCUGGGCGACCACGCGACCGCCGCCAGGCACCACCGCGCGGAGCUGGAGCUGGCGCACCGCCUGGGGCUAACCCACCUGCAGGCGCGUGCUUGUGGCGGUCUGGGCGCAGCGCAGGCGGCGCUGGGGGCGCACGCGGAGGCGGCGCGCUGGCACGAGGCGCGGCUGCGGCACGCCACCGCCGCGGACGACGGGCGCGGGCGCGCGCAGGCGCUGGCGGACCUCGGGCGCGCGCACCUGGCGCUGGGCGCGUGCGGCAGCGCCGUGGCCUACCUGCGGCAGGCGCUGGCCGCCGCCGAGGGGCUGGCCGGCGGCGGCGACGAGGCUAGAGUACGCCAUAGACUCGGUUUCGCGUUGUGGGCUUCCGGAGAACUAGAGGAAGCGAAGGAGCAACUGCAAGCGGCGCUCACGGUGCUGGGACCCGGCAAUGAUAAGCAUCGCGACCGGAAGAUUGUUGCGCUCCAGACUUCUACACAGCAUGCCCUACAGCGAGUUCUCGUUGAGCUGGGGCGCCACCACGAGGCGCUGGUGGUGUCGGAGCGCUGCCGCGCGGCGCCCCGCGCGCCCGCCCUCAGCCACGCCAACCUUGAACUGCACACACAGCAAAGGAAUUUAUCGGAAGACAGUGGUAAAGAACGUCCAGAGUACUGGUGUCCGUCCUCAGUGGACCAAGUGCUGGAAGUUGUGAACAAGCAGAAGUCGCCAAUUCUGUACUACAGUAUCGCUGCUGGAAGACUCUAUGCCUGGCUGUUGCAGCCACAUAAAGGAAUCCUGAGGUUCCAUCAGGCGUAUCUACUUGACCAAAAUGACGACGGUGACAACAGUCUUCCAGACGUAAGCCCAGAUGAUCUACAAACUAACACAGGUGGUGGUAAGCUGGAGCGGUGGAUCAAGGAGUGGUCCUCGUGGCUAAGGACGGCGCGUACUGAUGAAGGGCGUGAUGAUGAGCGACCCGGCGCCCUCGCGAGAAUGGUCUCUCGUAACCACCUACUGAACUCGUCUAACUACUCACUAAGCUCGUUGUUCAGCGUGGGCUCCGUCGGCGGUUCCGUCGCCGGCUCAGUAGCGAGUCUACAGGGAUCUACGAGAUCUAGCGUACACGGUCCUCGCAGAAAACAAUCAACGUGGCAAGGUCCGCCUUGCCUCACUUCCCUCUACCAGAUGCUCAUUGCCCCCUUCGAAGAUCUUCUUCCAGCUUCUUGUAAUAACAAUCAUGCAAACCACGCUCGACGCGGUUGUGGGGGUCGUCGCGAGAUCGUCCUGGUGGUGGAGGGGGCGCUGUACGCCUGCCCGUGGGGAGCUCUGAGGGGCAGCCCCGAGUCUGAACCGCUGUGUGAGCGCUAUGCGUUGCUAGUCUCACCUGCGCUCAGGCCGCUCAAACCUCAGCGCCAUCUGAGGACUAAGCCCCAUCACGAACAUGGUAUUUCAGACAAUUAGGGCGCGGAGGGCGGCGUGCGCUGCCUGGUGGCGGGCGUGCGGCGCGGCGGCGGCGCGCUGCUGCGGGAGGCCGAGCUGGUGGCCGACAUGCUGCGCGCCGCGCCGCUGCUGGACCGCCAGGCAUCAAAAGAGGCUGUAUUAGCGCAACUGCCGCAAGCGGAGUGCGUUCACUUCGCCACUCACAUCUGCUGGAAAACGCCAGGAAUCGUUCUCAGUCCUGGAGAAGUGGUUGACUCACAAGCUAAGCGUCUGCUGAACACUAGCGCGGACAGUGGAGCGGCCGAUACAUCCACCGAAAAUGAAGAAGAGAAUGCUGAACUACCACCGAGCAAUGACGAGCUGCCGCCUGCUUCAGAAUACAUGCUCACAGCUUCGGAAAUCAUGAACUUGAAGAUAACUGCCAGAUUGGUCGUCUUGUCAUGUGCGCCGUCGAGUGCGGCCUUCCAAGACUCCGACGAAGCAGACUCAGUAACGGCGGCCGGCGAGGGCGUGUCCCGCCUCUGCAAGGCUUUCCUCGCAGCGGGGGCUCAGGCUAUACUGGUCACGCUCUGGCCUGCCCCGCAAGACACCGCGACCAAGAUACUGUACAGAGCACUAUACUCUGCGCUUUUGCAAGGAAACAGAGUCGCUAAGGCGCUGGGCGACGCGAUGCAGACGGUGCGCCACACGCGGCACUUCUCGCACCCGGCGCACUGGGCGGGGCUGGCGCUGCUGGGCGCCAACGUGCGCCUCAGCAACAAGGUGGCGCUGCUGGGGCAGGCGCUCUGCGAGCUGCUGGCGGCGCCCGAGCGCGCCCGGGAUGCAUUACGAGUCUGUCUUCACCUGGUAGAGAAGUCACUACAGAGGAUAGUCAGAGGACAGAAGAAUGCGAUGUACACUACACAGAAGAGCAUCGAGAAUAAAGCAGGGACUGCCACUGGCUGGAGGGAACUUCUCAUGAGCGUUGGCUUUAGAUUCGAACCGGCAGCUAACGGAAUACCUUCGAGUGUAUUCUUCCCGCAAAGUGAUCCUGAAGAAAGACUAACGCAGUGUUCUGCCAGUCUUCAAGCUCUGUUGGGAUUGACUCCAACAACGCUGCAAGCGUUAUCCAAGCUCAUAUCAAACGGCAGCGACGUCGCUGACGACAUCAUCGGCGUAAUCCGCUCCGUCAUAUCACAGUUCUCCAUCAAGAACCUGGAGACUGAUACCAUUGACGUUGCAGUUAAUGUCAGACUUUGGCGCGUAAACGGGUGCCAUGAACUACUGGCGUCCCUGGGCUUCGACUUGGCUGAAGUUGGACAAGAUGAAGUGACUCUACGAACUGGAAAAGCGGCUAAUAAACGUCAUAUACAAUUUGUGCUUCAGGCACUACUUGCUUUGUUUGACACGCAAGAAGCUCCGCGCAGUCUUAGCUUGGAGUCCAGUUCCAGUGUGGAGUCGUUGGCGUCUAUCGAUGACGGUGACCUGGAGCAACAUUCAGAUGGCGAAACCCCUCCACGACAGCACCGGCAGGAAAGCGUGCCGUCAGUGCCUCCACCUCCGUUACCUUUAGGCUCGUGCGGUGGAGCCUUCACGAUGUACGUACGUGGUGGGGGCGGGGGAAGUGGCGAGGCGGGCAGGGGGGAACCCGAUGGGCGCACUGCUCCAGCCCCGCCCCCGCCCCGCUACCGGGGAGAAAGUGACGCCGCCUUCACUCCCUCACCCCCCGCCGCACCGUCCGCCCCCGCACCCCCUCGCGACGUGUCUCUCGCCCUCGCUCACCAGACCAAGAUCCGAACGUUGUACACUCGUCGCCCGCCCUCCGACGACUCCGACUGGGAAGGCUCCGGACACGACACCGUGCUGCGGCGCCGCCCUAACCCCGGGGGGAUACCUCACCGCUACCUCGACGCCUUCUACGACCUUGGAAGUGGAGGGGGCGAGGAACAACUCUCGACGCCCGCGCAGCCCUCCCAGCCCUCCACUUCCAAGCGGACGCCGAGGCCCAAGAUGGGAACUAGCGCUCGGGACCCCAUGUCGCAGGUGAGGCACAUGAGCGGCGAGCUGACACCCACCAUAUCGGAGGUGUACCAUGAGAGGAACAUUGGGCUGGGACUGGCGCCGCCACUGGCGGAGCUCCUGCUGGCCGAAGAGUCGAAGACGGAGAUGAGAGCGGCUAGUUCCAGCGAAAAUUUACUACUGCAAAACUUGGAAAAGUUGGGCCUACUUGGGGACGCGAGUGAGUCAGAGGAUCGAUGGCGCAGUGCCGGCACCUCUCGACCCUGGCUCUCCGCGCCGCCUCUGGAGACUGACAUCCAGGGUUCAGACCUCACGACCGCCGAGAUCAUAGAGCGCAAAACGAAAUUCAAAAGGGAAGCCGAACCGAAGAGAAAAGAGGAAAACGCUUACGAACUUAAACCAAACAAAGAGGAAAACCCAGGCCCCAGUGGAAUAGAAAAGCGAUCGGUGUCGCCUUUCUCCGAACUUUCCAGAAGGGACGAAGGAGAUGGCAGGAGUAUAGCGGACUCGCACUCGUCAUACAAGGCGCUAGUCCUGAACCCGAGGCCUCCGUACUUGCCUGAGGAAGCAGAGGCGGGCCCGAGUGCGGUGGAGGGUGGUAAGACCCACCCCCGUGCCCGCCGACCCCCCGCCCCUCGCACACGCCCCACCUACACAACUCUCGACUUCCCUCCCAACAAUAAGCUGUAAUAAAAAUUAUCUUAAGAAACUUUACAAGGCGUUCGACUUGUAUGAGGUUUUAUUUUUCACAGUUGUCAAAUCAAAUGGCUAUGACUGCAUAAACUAUGUACAUUUUUGUAAAAAUCUUCAAUAUAAAUAUUUUAAGUCGCUAAAUGUAAUUAGACGUACGAACUCAUUUAUAGACAUCGUAUUAGGUUAUUUAUUUUAGUAUAUUCUGAUGUUACACUGCGUUAGUGAUCGUACCUUGUAACGGAUAGCAUUCCAUUUAAACUCUUGCCAUUUAACAGCGCUUAUGUAAAAAUGUAACUAUAAAUAAACACAAUACUCGCACAAAUUA